CCCUCGUCCUGCUCAGCCGCCUGUAGUUGUUUAGCCGCCUCCAUACAGUGGAGCUGAGGGCUGCUGGAUAAUGUAAUGUAAUGUACCUUACCGUGCUCACUGACGGGUUCACACCAGUUCACCGGGUUCACUUGAGGAGAGCUGCCACCCCACGGGGUUUUUAAAUCACAUUUUAUAUGUUUGUUUUUUUUUAACUCGACUCCUCUUUCUGCUCGGCUCGGAGCUGAUCCAAAAUAAUUCAUUUAUGAAUCCGGGUUGGAUUCCAUCUCUCCACCGCUGAGGUUCUGUGAGAGCUGUUCAACGUGUCCAUGUGACAGUAGUCCAAAAGUGGCAGAAGGCAUGAAGCAACACUGUGAUGUUUUAGUGGCUGAUCCAUGACACCAAACUCCACUCAGCCCUCUCCACUAUCCACCUGCCCUCUGUUCACUUCUCACUGGACAACCAGUCACUCACUGUCCCAUUCACACAAAGCUGCAAUAUGGCCAGCAAGAGGAAAUCCACUGUGCCCUGCAUGAUACCAUCCAAAUCCAAACAUGUGCGCGAGGAAAUCAUACUGGGCUCGCUCCCAGAACUCCUACCAACUAUCCCCGAAGAUGGCAUACUCAGCAUCUCUGGAGAGGAGUCUGGCCAUUUCUCUCACACCUCCUCCAAAUCUGACAGUGGCAGUGAAACGCAGAAGGGAGGCACCUACAACUGCGUCACUUGCCGAUUCGAGUCCAGAGAUCUCAACUACUUUUUGGAUCACAUGCACAACUGUCACUUGGACUUCAGGGCCCAGCCCACCUUCUACUGCCUGAACUGCAGGGUGUCAGUCGUACGCUUUGAGGCUCUUGCACUGCACAACGCUACUGCCCACCCUAAGAUAAUGGAGGGCUUGGUUACUGCCUCCUUAAGUGUCAGCAAGAGAGAUGGAGUAACAACUGUGGAGCAAAGCCUCUUCACCAACAGCAGAGAAGACUACAAAGAAUCUGGGAUCUCCCUCACCAAAACACCAAUUGCCAAGAUGAUGAAAGCCAAAGGGGAGCAUAAAAAGAUUGUGGUUUCUCACACCGUGGAACUACGUAAGAUAGACUCUGGAAAGGAUGUAGACCCCAGCUUGCUGACUAAUGUGCCUGAACUCCAGAACGGGGCUCUCAGUAUUUCUGGUGUCCCAGCUAACCCAAGGACCACUGUCCCCCAUGUGAUUAAAACAACAGUGUCCAACCAAGUCUUUCACCAGCACACUCCCCCCCUAUACUCUUCUCUCUCUUCUGACUCAAACAAAGAUCUUCCAAAGGUGAUGAUCCCUCUCAGCAGCAUCCCUACCUACAAUGCCAUCAUGGACACCAGCAGUUUUCUCAAGACAUCCUUUGGCAAGUUUCCCUACCCGACCAAAGCCGAGCUCUGUUACCUAACGGUGGUUUCAGAGUUCCCUGAAGAGCAAAUCAAACUAUGGUUUACCGCCCAGAGGCUGAAGCAGGGUAUUAGUUGGUCUCCUGAAGAAAUUGAAGAAGCCAGGAGGAAAAUGUUCAACACUGUUUUCCAAGGCGGAACACCCCAGAAGCAACCUGUGACACCACGGCAAGUCAAUCACAUCGUAACUCACCGCACUGUCAACGCCAAUCCAGGGACCAAAGGACCAAACUUUCAAAUGGCCAAAGUUCCUUAUACCAGUACAAAACCCAAGCCAGUUGGAGUUAUAACCACACAGGCCAACAUGACAACCAAGCCCCAUGUUACGAGGGUCUCGUAUUCUUCUCCACUUGCCCCCCAAAAGUUUCUUCCAGUUGUCCAGUUAUCACAGGAACCAACCAAGACUGGUGAACCGAAUGUGGGGUCAGACAAGAGCAAUGGUCUGGACUUGGCAGGAAGCAGCGGUUGUGUCAGUAGCACAAGCAACAGUCGAAGCAGCAGUAGCAGUAGCAUCAGCAGCUAUUCCAGCUGUAGUAAUGGUGUUGAGAACAGGAAACUGGGGAAUAACAGCAGCCCAACCAACAGCAUCAAUAGCAUUGCCACCUGCUCGGUUAGCAUUAGCAAUAAUGGUGAGCAGUGUGCUACUGACCCCAACAGCAAACCAAACACGGAAAGCAACAAUUUGCCAGUUGGCUCAGAAGGUUCAAACGGCACCACAAGUGAAGCCGUCACCAACAACACCAGCAAAUCCAACGCCACCUGUGACAAUCAUAACAGCAUCAGCAUCAAUGUGCCAGAACUGGCCCAUGCUGACAAGUCUGACAACAAAAACAACAAUUACAUACACAAGACCGACAACAACAGUAUUAGCAGUGAAUGCUCUAGAUCCACCUUUAAUGACAGUGUCCCCAACCAAAAUGAUGCCAGCAAAUCCCCAACUGGAAGCACCAGCACCACUGUCAUUACAAAAAGCAACUCAUCCAUUUUAGAUGAGGCAAAAUGCAACAAAGACUUUCCCAUAAAAGGCAUGUCAAUCUUACAGCAGCUCAUUAAGGAGGAGGACCCAAGUGUUGGAGAAAGAGCAGAGCUCAGAGUUGACCCCAUUAAGAUCAACUUUAAAAGACUGAAGAUGAACGAACCAGAGACUACAUCCAAGGUCCAUCAAGAAUCCAAGUGUGAGAUUGAGGUGUCUGCCUGUCAUACAUCCUUCUCACCACCCUGGGGCAACAAGACCGCCCAGCAGCUGCAAAUCCUCCGGCAGGCUUUCUCUAACACCCGCUGGCCCAGCAGCCUACAGUACGAGGAGCUGAGCAUCCAGACAGGCCUUCCUAAGUCAGAGGUGGUCCGCUGGUUCAGUGACAGCCGCUACAGCCACAAGAACGGGCAGCUUAAGUGGUUGGAGACGUAUCAGCGGGCGCCUACAGAGUCAGAGGACACAAGAGCUCAUGGGGACCCUGAAGCUGAAUUAUUGAAGGACCCUCGAGCAGCUAAACAGAUACUAUUGGAGCAAGAAAAGAACAUGCACCUUGGAAGAGAAGCAGGGCUGAACUCAGGGCAGCGGGUUUCAUGGCAGGAAUCCUACGCACCGCUGUUAGCCCUGGCGAGGUCGGAGGGGGGCGGUGAGCACGACACAGCUGAAGAGGCAGAGCAGGACCCCUGGUCUAAGAGAGGAGAGGACCACCAGCAGCCAGCAACAAAUCAGUCACUCAUCGAGCAACAGACUGAAGCCAAUCAGGCCAGGGAUCGCCUGAGGAUGGAGCUGCUGGAGGUGUGAGGAAGCAAAUUGGACCCAGCCAGAGGAACGUGAUGUUUAACGGCUGGCUCUGCUCCCCUGGUCAUUGUCUAAAAAAAUUUAAAAAGUGUGUUCAUAAUGACAGCAGAUGUGAUUGUAGCUGGACAGUUGGACUCUGACUGAAACUGUGAAUACCCCCACUUCUCCCUCCUUCUCUUCUUCUUCCAUCUGCCAUCACUUCCUGCCAUCGUCAAAAAGAAAGAACUUCUCACCUUUUGAGUCCUGUGAUGUUUUAAGCCUUUCAUGCUUCUUUGUGGUUGUGUGGGGAGGGUGCACAAUGAGGUCAGAACAAGGGAUCAAAGAAAAGAAAGAAAAGACGCACACCGACUGGAAAACUGACUUGAAUGAACGAAGAUAGGUUGGGAUAGGGCCAAGAGCUAUUGUUUAUGGGCCACAGGGAGAAAUAUAUAAAUAUAAAUAUAUAUAAAGGUAAAACUGCACUAUAAAAGAUGGUUUGUACUGACUGGACAAACAAAAAAAAAAAGUGUCAAGAAAAAUGUUAUUGUUGGCUUUGUGAUAUUUUUUACUUUUUUAGCAACCAGUACUUCAGCACUGCCUUGAACUUUACUUUUUCUGUUAUUUGGAGUUUCUAUUCUAUCUACUCUUUUAUCGUCACUGUAAGUCCAGAUGCAAUCAAACGUGUUUCAUUUAGACCUGUAAGAUGUUGGUGAUCACUUUGCAGUUCAGCUACACACAAGAGACUAUAUACAAUGCACUAAUAAGACAGCAAUGCUUAAAAAAUAAUAAUAAAAAACAAUCACUCUGCUUCACAGUAAAAGUAUUGACAGCUUUGCUAAGAUCAAUACACUACACUGCCGUGCAAACUGAACAGAGAAGCCUGUCACGCUAACGUUGCCUUACUCAGCUCUGUCCGUGUGUUUCUAUGACCCGUCUGUCCGUCACCUUGCUUUCGAGCAGCCGUGCUGUUCAAAAAUAAA